UGCCACAGUCACUAGCGUCCUUGAAUGCAUGAAGAUAGUCAUGACCAGCAUGGAGUAUAGCUGGGACAUUCACGGGCACUGUGUCUGGCUAAAUAAGACUAAUGGACACAUAUCUGGGAAUGGAGAUGUAUAUCAAGAAAGGCUGGCUCGUCUGGAAAAUGAUAAGGAAUCUCUUGUUCUGCAAGUGAGUGUGCUUACAGACCAGGUGGAGGCCCAGGGAGAAAAGAUUCGGGAUCUGGAGUUCUGUCUGGAGGAGCACAGGGAAAAGCUGAAUGCCACGGAAGAGAUGCUGCAGCAGGAGCUUUUAAGCAGAACAUCCCUUGAAACUCAGAAGCUGGAUCUUAUGGCAGAGAUUUCCACUCUGAAGUUAAAGCUUACAUCUGUAGAGAAGGAUAGAUUGGACUAUGAAGACAGAUUCAGAGACACAGAGGAUUUGAUCCAGGAAAUAAAUGAAUUGCGGUUGAGAGUAGGAGAAAUGGACAAUGAAAGACUCCAAUAUGAGAAAAAACUGAAAACAACCAAAGAUGAGCUACUAGCUUUGAAAGACAAACUAGAGCAGAAGGAAGCUGAGGUGAAAAGGCUGCAAGAAAAAUUGGUUUGCAAACUGAAAGGAGAAGGAAUUGAAAUACUGGACAGAGAUGUAGAGGUGCAGAAAAUGAAGAAGGCGGUAGAAUCUCUGAUGGCCGCAAAUGAAGAGAAGGAUUGGAAGAUAGAAGAGCUUCGGCAAUCUCUGAAUAGGUACAAGAAGGUUCAAGACAUGGUGAUACUGGCUCAAGGUAAAAAAGGCAAGGAAAGUGACGGUGAAGACUUCUUGAAUUCAGGGUCUGUUUCCACGGCUUUAUUGGACACACCAAGUCUGACUGAUCCAGAGAAAAGCCCAUCUCCAACCCCAGUUACAGCAUCUCCCAUCCAUGAUGAAUUUAAUGUGAAUAUUCAUGAAGAGAAUUCCUUACAAAUCCACACCAGUAUUUUACAGAUUUCAAUCCCUUCUUUUUCAUCAACAUCCAAGAGCUCAGAAACUGUUGCAGAGAAACUGAAAACACAGUCUAGACCAGAUCCUGCAAGUGAAAUGAGUGAAGGAAGAUCAGUAGGCUCUUCCCCAGAAACUCAGCUGUGUGAUAGUCCAGUAACUUCUCUGCUGCAGAAGUCCAGCAGUCUGAGCAGUUUGAGAAAAGAGAUUUCUGAAGCGGACAGAGACUCUGCACAGAAGCGAACAGAGGUUAAACCUCCUGUGGAAAGUAGUAAUUUUGCAACCCUCCCUCCAAAGUCUCCUUCUCAUGGUGGCACAGGCGAUGAGGAUAGUUUUGGUACCCGUAAAGCUAGAUCUUCAUUUGGACGAGGCUUUUUCAAGAUAAAAAAUAACAAGAGGACUGCAAGUGCCCCCAAUCUGGCUGAAACAGAGAAGGGAUCUGCAGAUAACUUGGAUCUGGCUGGUUUGCCCCCUCGCGCAAAGGAAGCAGAUAGUCUACAGAUGACACCACCUUCUCCGGAUUCCAAGAAAAAGGCCAGGGGGAUCAAGAGGUUAUUUGGAAAACUUAAAAGAAGCCAGUCCACCACCUUCAACCCAGAUGACAUGUCUGAGACGGAGUUCAAAAGAGGAGGGACGAGAGCAACUGCAGGGCCACGACUGGGCUGGUCUCGAGACCUGGGGCAGUCUCACAAUGAGCUGGACAUGCCAUUCGCAAAGUGGACAAAGGAGCAGGUAUGCAACUGGCUCCAAGACCAAGGGCUAGGCUCUUACAUAAGUAAUGGCAGACACUGGAUACUGUCCGGGCAAACACUUCUGCAGGCUUCUCAACAGGAUCUGGAAAAGGAGCUUGGGAUAAAGCACCCAUUGCAUCGGAAGAAGCUUCAGCUUGCUCUGCAGGCACUUGGAUCUGAAGAGGAAAACAAUCAUGGAAAAUUGGAUUACCACUGGGUUACCAGGUGGCUGGAUGACAUUGGCCUCCCCCAGUAUAAGACCCAGUUUGAUGAAGGAAAGGUGGAUGGCCGAAUGCUCCAUUACAUGAGCGUGGAUGACUUGCUGUCCUUGAAAGUUGUCAGUGUCCUCCACCACCUCAGCAUCAAGAGAGCCAUUCAAGUUCUGAGAAUAAAUAACUUUGAGCCCAACUGCCUGCGCAGAAGGCCGUCUGAUGAGAAUAACGUCACACCUUCCGAGGUCACCCAGUGGACCAACCAUCGCGUGAUGGAGUGGUUACGCUCCGUUGAUCUGGCAGAGUAUGCACCUAACCUGCGAGGGAGCGGUGUGCAUGGGGGACUGAUGGUUUUGGAGCCUCGUUUCAAUGUCGAAACCAUGGCACAGUUGCUGAACAUCCCACCAAACAAGACGCUACUGAGACGACACUUGGCGACUCAUUUCAACCUCCUCAUUGGGCAGGAGGCCCAGCAGCAGAAACGUGAAGCCAUGGAGUCCCCAGACUAUGUCCUCUUAACAGCAACUGCCAAAGUAAAGCCAAAGAAACUUGCCUUCAGCAGUUUUGGAAGCCUCAGGAAGAAGAAGCAAGAUGAUGUGGAAGAGUAUGUGUGUCCUAUGGAGCUGGGACGGGCAUCUGGAAGUGGGUCGAAGAAGGGUUUUAAGCCUGGCCUGGAUAUCCGAGUAUAUGAUGAUGAUGAUUUGGACAGGCUGGAGCAGAUGGAAGAUUCAGAAGGGACAGUGAGGCAAAUAGGAGUGUUUUCUGAAGGCAUCAAUAACUUGACACACAUGUUGAAGGAAGACGAAAUGUUUAAAGACUUUGCGACUCGCUCUCCUAGCACCAGUAUAACAGAUGAGGACUCCAAUGUGUGACAGUAACCACCAGGCACUGACAAAGCCUCGCUUUCCUAUGUGCAAGAAACGUCAUCAUUAAACAUGACGGCAGCAGAUCAUGUACAUUACAUUGCUCUUGCUUCUGUUUCUUAGAAGUAACAAUGGGGGCUGGAGAAUUUAGGAAAAUAAAAAGGUGCCUACUCUGAAGUUGCCAUAAGAAACACCCAGACAUUGGUGAAUGGUAAUUGUUUUUACUAUAUUUAAUGUACAAAUCGGUGAUUAUGUUUCAGAGUGUUGCAUUUAAAUUUAUGUGGUAUAAUAGUGCUCCUUUUGCUUAUUCAUGGCCUCAGAUAAUACUUUAUAUUGUUUCAAAAUAACAGAAGAUAUUAGAUAGAAGUAUUGUGUCUGUAGAUAUCAAUCACCAGCUUUUUCUAGGCUCUCAGCUGGAAAAAGAUGUUUCUGCUCUUUUUCAAGUGCAUUUGUUCAGCAAAAUGCCAGUUCUGCCCUUCCUACAGUAUUCAAUGUAGGAUUUUAGUCAUCCAUGCCCUGCAAAAACUCCCUGGUAGCUCUUGACUGUUGCUCUUAUUUUUAUACAGUUUUAUAAAAAAAGAAAAAGGAAAAAAGAAGUAUAUGAAGUACAUAUAAAAGCAAAAUUUAGAUUUUGUGUGACAGAGUGAUGGAAAGUUCGAGUUGUGGGGGAAAGGGAGAGGGUUGUAAGAAAAUGAUGCCAGUUUGCAUACCAGCUGGUUACUGGAAAAGGCAGGCUGACCUUUGGAAUUGUUUGCUCUAAUUGCUUUUUACUUAAGUGCACAGUGUAAUGAUCUUCCAUUUGGGAUGAAACAAUUACAAAGCAUGUUUCUUCUAGCAGUGACUCGUACAGGAAUUGUACACUUUAAAACGUCUUCUUUCUUGUUCCCAGCAGCAGUAGUUAGAGCAUCCAAACAAGGUGAUUAACACUUCUGUGACGUAAAAAAUUUCCUCUGAGUUGAGAGUUCUCCCUGCAUAUGGAAGGGAUAUUUCUGUGCUGUGACUAACAUAAAGAUGGUGUAGUUGCAAAAAAAUAUAAAGUUAUAUAGAGAAAUGUAUAGGAAAUAUAUUAUUUCAGAAUAUUAAACCUAAGGUGGGACUUUCUCUCCAAAAUACAGCUAUCAAAAUCAUUUUACCUUCUUGAAGCACAGCUCCUCUGCUUUUGAAGAUCAUCAAAUUUUAAAAGUCUUAACUAGCCAGUGGAAAUCUUUUGUCAGUCUUUUGGUAUUGCAAGGUGUCCUAGCCAAAAGCAAACAACAAAAGCGUAACUCUGUUUAUUACAGUGGUCAUUCGUAUGGUGUUGAACGUUGCAUGUAUUUUAGCACAAUGGCAUGAAGCUGCUUUGCUUUGUAAAGGCAAAAAAAAAAGUACAGCUGGAAUUGUUCCUUGCGGUGGUGUGUUGCUUUACCAAGCGUUUGUGGCUCGUUUCGUUGCUCUCCUUGCUGGAACUGAGACUGUUCCCGACACAUUGCUGGCAUGGUGCAAGGGGUGUCAGAUCUGUACUGACUUUGUGGGU